AUGGAUGUCGGAAUCCCAUCCUCCAGAUUUUAUCCCCUGCUCGUCAUGAAGAAACGUGACUGGCAUUCUGGCACACCAUUAGUCCGUGAUGACGCCUUAAGCCAUCGACCCGCUGACGGGUUGGUGGAAGAUGGUUGGGCCCACGGACGAAUCCCAAACAACAGUAUCUGUCUGCAGCAGAAUAAAUGCCAUCAGCUGUGGGUUACUGGCGACAUUGUCAUGAACUGA